AUGUCAGAUAUUCUUUUUUUAUCAGAUAAAUUUUAGUUUGGAAGACAAAAGGAGUAGAUAAAAUAAUAAAGCGCAGCUGAUAAAAGUAUUAAGAUUUAGUUAGAUUUAACGCUAUCAACUGAUAGAAUAAAAAAUAUGAAUACUGCUGAAAAUUAACAAUUUUCAACUCCAACUCACCAGUAUUACUUUGAGAAGUUGUCUCCUAUUAUGAGGAAAAAGAAUAAAAUUAUAGAUGCAAAAAGCAAUCCUUUGCUUUAGCUUUCAGAUGAAGACUUAACAAGUUAAAGAAACAAAUUUGGAGCUAUGAAACUAGAAAAGAUAGAUUUUAGUUAAAUGAUGAGCUAAAAAUACUAAAAACUGAUGGAGAAACAAGCAUCAAAAACAACAAGAGAAUAUGAACAUGAAUUUUAAAAUAAAAUUUACCAAUUUCCGGAAUAAAAUUAUAGUAGUAAUUAAAAUAGAGGGAAACUUUACAUAAAUUAAGAUUUUACCCAAGGGAAAGGAUAUCCAAGAAAGAAAUCUAAAUAAUUGAGUGAUAUUGUGAUUAAAAGUCACACUGAAGAAAGUCAUUCUUACAGUGAUGCUUUUCUAAAAAAUAAUUUGUAUAUGCAUUCUGUAAAUAAUUAAAAGCAAGAUGGGGUGAUGGCUUAAAUUAGCAAUUUAAACAGCGAAUACACUUCGUAGUUUUGGAAGGUUAAGCAAAAUGCAAUAUUUAAAAAUAUUUCGUAGAAUAAUAAUUAAUAAUCGUAAAAUUCACCUUUAAAUAAUAAUAAGUAUAAUAAACACCACUAAUCUAUAAAUUCAGAAAUGAAUCUUUACAGCCAACAUACCUGUAGAUAUCCUUAAAAGUACAAUUUAAAAGAAAUUAAUCUUAAAAUUCCCCAAAAAUAAAAUUUAGAUUAAUAGAUAGAUAGUGAUAAUACAUCACCUGCUAGUCCUGUUAAAUUCCAUAAAUUAUUCUAAUCAAGCCCUGAUGAUGUCAAAAAGGAUUUUGGCUUAAAAACAGUAACUCAAAAUCAAAUUUAUAGAUCAAAUAAAAAUACAUCACAAAAUUAAAUAAAUUCAUUUUCUUCCCUUAUUUAUGAUCUUUAACCACUCAGUCUUACAAAGUUAAGCUCUUCUCAUGCUUUGAAUUAGUAGCUCAAAGAGUUGAAAGGAAACAAAUCUCUCAACAAGGUAAAAAGCUCUCCUUUUUUAAUGACUUUUUCAUCAAAAUAGUCUUCUUCGCCAACUACGAAAACAAGCAGUCCUUCUAAAUAAUUAAGCACCGCUAAUAACUUUACCAGCUCAAUUUAAUUAGAAAGCAAAAUAGAUCAAGUAAGUCCUUGUAAUAUCAAUAACUCUAAUCAAAAAUGUAUUUUUCGUUUAUCAUUGAGUAAGAGCAGCUCAGAAUAACAGCCAUUAACUUUUAAAAAAGAAAAUUAAAUUUCAAACAUUAACAAAAACCUAAAACAAUUUGACAAUUUAGGAGUAGUGGGCUCAUUUUUAAAUAUUCAAAAAGUUUAAGUCGAUGAUAAUGAACUAAAAAACCCCACAAAUGCAAAAUUAAAUAAAUUAAUAAUUAAUUCAUUUAAUAAUAAUAAUGUUAACAACUAUAAUGGUAAUAGUAAUAAUAAUAAUAACGGGUAGUUAUUAACACCUUCUACUUAAACCGCUUCAUUCUUUUAAAAGUCUCCAAUUCUUUCUUGUACAUCUGAGGUUCAAUAAUAGUUUACACCAAUUACAAAGAUUUAAAGACCUUCGUUGAUUCUUUAAAAGAUAGAAAGCUUAGCUUCACUAGAUUCACCACAACUAAGCUCUCUACCAAUUAAGUAGCAGUAGUCUAUUAUUAUUGAGGAGGAGUUGAACCUUAUCGCAGAUUUUUCGAUACCUUAAUCACCCAUAAUCAAAGCUGAAAGAAAUAGAGAAAGGAAAGCAUCUAUCAUGAAAGACUCUGUUGAAAGGGAGAUGAAAAAAAGAAGCAGCAUAUGUAAAGAAUCUCUUUCUCCAGUUUACAGGAGAAACUAUUCAAAACUUAAAAGUAUGACUGACGAGAGCCUUGUCUUAGACUCAAUUUCACUCACUUCAUCUCCGCUCACACUUAAUUCUAAGAUAAAAGCGAGAGAAGCUUCUUAUGUAUUAGAAAGCAAGAUAGAAGAAAUAAAAUAACACCUGCUUACACAAUUUUUAAAAGAAUAAGAAUUAAGUCAAAUUGUAGAGGAAUUUUGCAUGAUAAAAAGCCACGAAUUUAUUAACGAAAUAGUAAGAUUUCUUAAAUACUCAAUUGAGUGUUACAACAAAAAAAAACUAAUAGAAAAUCAAGCUGAUAUGUAUCAAUCUAAUUUAAGCUAAAAUGAAAAGCAGCAAAGCAAUAUUAAUCAUAAUACGGACACUUGCGGUCACCACCAUCAUCACCACCUUCUAAUGAUAAAUGAAUAAAAUAAUGAUGUCUAAACAAUGAAAUUUUAGAUUAUUCCUAAAAUACUUCUUGAUUGGGUCAUUCACGAACUUUUUUAGUUAAUGAAGUCAUGGAAAAUUGACGGAGACAACUUAUUCGCCUAUCUUGUAGAGCUGGCUAUCACACAUCUAUUGCCACAUAACCUCUAUGAAGAAUUAGGGUCAGAAAAAGGAAUUAAAAAUUGGAUAAAAAUAAUAUUAGAAAAGCUACAGUAAAUUGUGGUUCUAGAGACAAGUAAAUUAAAUGAGAAAUUUGAAGAGUUAUAUCAGAUUGUAGUUAACAUUAUCCACAAUAAUUUCAGCAAUGUUUCUCAUAUAUUUUAAAUAUUUUCUAUUGAUUUUAAUUUUACAUCGAUUGAAUUUUAUCUUCUCAAAAAGGUCUUUAUAGAAUCUUUUUCUUUUUCUCGUAGUAAAUUUAUUCACGCUAAAAGCGUGAAAGGCAACUAAACCACAUGCUAGCUUAUCGACUUUUAUAACAACAAUGCAAGUAAAGAAGUUGUAGUAUAGUAAGAUGGCUAUGUAAAUUCUUAUAUCAAAAAUGAAAUUCUUACUAGAAUAGAAAUAUGCCGUAACAUUCUUUUGAAUGUAAUCUAGCCUUACAAAGAAGAUAAGGUAAUCAGCUAAAUAAGUAUAUUCUUGAACAGCAUCCCAGGUUUUAACAAGUAAAAUAAAUAAAAUGGGCAAACCUUGAAAACAGUGGAGUUAUUUGUAAAAGAGCUCAUUUAAGUAUUUUACCAAAAUAAAGAAAAAAGAGAAGCAUUUCUUCUCCUGUAAAAAAACAAGUUUGUAGAAAACUACGACAAAAAAUUUUGGUAACAUAUCAAUUUAGCAUUUGAAAAGAUAAUGGAAAAUAAGUUAGAAGAAGAUUUAGACAACUAAUAUCUCUAAAUCGACAUUAAUCUAUAACUUUAUUUGCUUGAAAUAGAAUCUUAUUAGCUAGAGAAUUAAGAAUACUAAUCAAUAUAUGAUUAUAUAUAAAAUAUUUAGUAAUUAAUCACUGAUCUAUUUCUUUAUAUUGAAAACCUUUACUUUAAUCUUGGAGAAGAUUUCCCUGUUGACAUUAUUCAAUCCUAAGACAAGACUUUUAUGCAUUUCUUCCUCGAAACUGCUCUUUCGCCAGGAUCUUACUCCUCAACCGAUAUCUAUCAAGCCUUUCUAUAUCAAAAAAUCAAUAGAGAAUUAUUUAAUUUCUGGAUGAAAUGUUUGUAAAAGGUUUUAGAAUAGGACAAAUACUAACUAAAUCAAAUAUAAUAAAGGGACUUACUUACAUUUUUGUAUAAUAUUGUCCCUUCAUGA